GCGCGCGUGAUUCCUCAAGUUCUCGCAAGCAGGCUCUGACCGCCACGUCCGAAACAAGUGAAUGUGAAAAGUGCCGACGCUUUCAAAACUAUUUAAUUGUUGUGAUAUUUAAAACUCUUACGGGAUACAUAAGUAACAAUUAAACUUUCGGGAAGAUAUGUAAGUAUUCUAAAGCUUAGCUCAUGGACUAUAUCAGAAUUAUGGUUUUUGGAUUACCUCAUACUUACAAUCUGAGAUACGAAUAUUUUGUAGAGUUGUGUACCUUUCCAAAUUCCCAUGAAAAAUCUAAAGACUGAAAUGAAAAAAAAAUCUUAUCUGUACAUAAGAUAAAAUUUGCACCAGUGGCAGGAACUAAAACUGCAUUUAAUUAAUAAAAUGAUUUAUUACAUGCGACAUAAUGUUUGUCAUUGAAGUAAUAUCUUUUGUUUUGUGAACAUAUUUAUUUAUAUAUCACUGCAACGUAUUUAUCUCCAGAAAUCAAGAAAGACAUCCCAACAACUGUGUUUCGUAAAUGUUUUUAUUCUUUUGAGCAGCUGGACUAUAAUUCUUGCGGUUGAAUUCUUCGAAGUGCUCGAUAGACUAAAUACGCAGAACAAACUAUUUAGGCGAGGAAUAUAAAUUAAGUGCGGUGUGUCAUCGUUAUAGGAUCCGUGAAACUGCGAUCAUUUCAUGAAGAGAAGCUCCAAGCAUGUGCAGACAAAUGAUGUUCGUCAAAUUGAGUGCAACUCUCAUUGUCUACGCAUCAGUUCAGGUGGCGGUAGUGACUUCACAAGAUUACGACGUCUCGGACGUACAGUGCACUUUCGGCAGUAACAGUGGGGUCGACGCGCACAAGACUCACGGCCUUACUGCCACUAGAGACACCAUCGCAGCGAGGCUCCGCAAGCCUGAGGGCUUCAAAGGAUCUCCGAUUUUCGCAGACGACCGACAAGUAGAUCCGCUAACUGAUGUUUUCUGCCAGAUCCGACCCGACGUAACAGAUAGUGAAGAACUCACGUAUGAUCUGCUCAUCACAGACUUUUCGAGAUGUGGAGUUCUCAAGAGAAACGGGUUUGUGCACGUUCGAAUCUGGUUCCCGCAGUUCCCGGGUGUGGUCAUGAUGUCUGACCAGGAGCUAAUCAUCAUGUGCAAACCGCCUGAACCAACCAUUAUCGAAAACAAGGCGGCUGGGUUCGCCGGCAGCUUUCCAAAUGGUGCUCGAGUAUCGGGAGUGGUGGAGGAGACACCAGGGCGCCUUGAGUACGAGGUGGCAUUAUACAAAGAGGCGCCCCCCAUCAGAGUGGGCAACAACAGUAACAGUGAGCUGCCUGUGGACCAAGCAGUGCCCAUAGGAACCAAACUGCAGCUGCGAGCUAGGAUCAACCCUGACUCAGCAUGGAAAUACGUGAAGCUCAUGGAAGUUACCGUCUCCCCUGACCCUGAUGAUCCUCACAUGAGUGGCAGCGUUGCUCUUGUAAAGGAUGGAUGCCGUAACCGAGACUUUGCAUCAAUCAUCCCGCACCAGCCAGCUCGUUACAGGGAACGCCAUAACGAAGUGUUUCUUGAUUUUGAAGCAUUCCUGCUGAGCAACAUGAGAGAGCGUUCCACGCUGUGGAUCCAUUCCCAGAUUAAAGCAUGCAUGGAUGCCACGGACUGCCAACCUGAAUACUGCCUGGAUUUGUUUGAGCCAGCUGGUCAUGGAAGAAGAAAGCGCCGCCACAACUAUUAUCCAGGCUCUGUGACAAAUCAGUCAUACUUCUAUGAUCAUGAUGACAGCCAUCAUAAUUCUGGUGUUGUACAGAUUCCCCAUGCUGAGGCACUAACAAGCCGUUACAACACAACUCCUUCUCAAUUUACCAAGUUCAACGAGAAUAUUGAAUAUACAGUUCUCAUGCCUGGAGACUUUUAUCACAGUGCUGCCAACUCACUCGAAGGAUCCUGCAGCACAUUCCUAGUAAUUGCAGCAGUCCUGGGAUGCUUGCUCUUUUUGUCGGCAUUCAUCAUGUGUUACCUUGUCUCCCGCCUACACUCUACACUUGCAUCAACUCAACAUACACGUUCAAUUGACCAGCUAGUACGAGACCACAAGCGAAAGUAUUCUGUUGGUCCUAGUGACAUUGCAGUGGUAGAGACAAGUGGCUAUACAGGAAGAAACACAGUACAGUGAUACAUGGAUUAUGUCAGAUCUUGGCAAAAAUAUGAUUUAUGUGAAAUGCAGAUAAAACUGACAAAUCAAACUCUCAAUUUUCAAGGGAGAAUUGUGUUCAACGGAAUUACAUCAAUGCUUUGGAAUUGAUGUUGAAGUGAGAGGUGCAUGCCCACUGCUGGGGACCAGGAGCAAUAUCUGGGAAUGGGUGAUGAGGAAUCUACAGAUCAUGAAUUGGCACUCCAUAUAAAUGCGUAAUGUACUGAAGUGCCAACACUAAGUAAGAUUCCUCCUCCUUCCUUAAAGUUUUAUACCCUCCAAUUGCCUAUUUCCUGCCAUUUCCCCAGUAUUUGCUUUCAGUCAGGUUAUGUUUGGAGGUGCUACUUUUAGAAAUAUAAAAAAAAGGUGCUGGUAUUCAGGUGUUAGUAUGGGAUGGAAUAUAUUUGAAGUUUUCCUUGCAUCACCAAUGUAUUCUGAAUUACCAAAAUUCAGGAUAUAUAAAAUAAAGUGUAUGCAUAUUUCAAACUCUACUAUUGUCAUUUUCAGUAAACUAUUCUGUAUUUAUGGGCUGUCAAAAAGUUGUGCCAGUACAAUAUAUCCUGAUAUGGUUAAAGUGGAUUUGCAUGAGGUCUUGUAAAUAAAUAAAAAGAAACAGAUCAGGGGAAGAGAAGAAUCUUCUGGGAUGUAAAGCUGUGUAAUCCAGUCACUCACCAUUCUGUAGGAAUGUUGGUGAACUUUCAUCAGAGUACACAGCAUCACCUCCCAGAAGACAGUACUUUCUAUGGUCGCUGCUGUGAGAGCCACAGAACCAGCAAAUGUUAAAAUGGUUUAUAUUACCUUUAGUUCCUGUCCUUAGUCAACUGUUUGUGUUUAUACUAAAAUGGGUGGGGUUUUGGGAGGCAGGAGGGUUUUCCUACUCUGUUAUAGGAGCUUUAUACUUUAACAGUUUUCAAGCCAAGGUAAAAUUACGAAAAGAAAAUCUAAUCCACAAGCUAAAACAUGUUGUUGCAUAAAUAUUUUAUUUUAACUAUGAAUUUUGACUUGGUGAUUUAAAAUUACUGUUGUUUUCCAGAUGGAUUAAUACAUUUACUUGUCCUUGGCCAUUCAUGAUGUUUUCCUUCAUCCUCAGAAAUCUUGUUCACUUGUAUAUUUCUAUGUGUACAUAAAUUUCUAUUUUAAAAACUAGCAAACAGGCACUGUAAACUCUUUGGAGACAGUAGGAUCCAAUUCUUUCAGUCAUCUUCUUGCACAUCAAAUACAUCUUCAGAAGAAGUACCAGUGUUUCAGAAAAGGAUAUCUCAUGCAAAACAGGUAAAAGUUUAAAUCAAGACUUACUGUCAUGUUUUAUCUGACAAUGUUUGAACCAGCUGAUGAAUGUAAUAAAAUUUAAUGCAAGCAUCAUACAAACAGAUGUUACCAUAUAUUUGUACUGUGCAACUUCCUAUCGAGAAUACAAAAUGUUAGCCUUACUUGGUUUUAUUAAAACCACAUAUCCCAAUUGUGAAUUAUGGUGGAGAGCUUUGAAUAUUCUCAAAACAAGAACCAAAUGAAAUAAGGGUUAUCAGAUGAUAUCUUCAAACAUUUCAUUGAUUCUUGAGUUAUUUAAGGAAGCCUCAGAGUAGCAAAUGACAGAAUUAUUAUGAAUGACAAAAUGAGAAGGCUGUAAAUAAGGAGUGGUCAUAGCAAUCCCACCAUUGCUUGGGGGAAUUGUAGAAGACCCCAGAGAGGACAGUCACUCUCUGGGUCCAGAUUCAGACCCAUGAUCUCCUGAAAACACAGCAGAAGUAUUAACAACCCCAGUGAAAAAUUUGGUAGAAAUAUUUAAGCAAAUAAAAAGUUUAUUAAUCAACCAUCAUUAUAUUUUACCCAUAGAACACAAAGAAAUGGCAGAUAUUUUGACUAAAAUCUGUUAUCUUAUACAUAUAAAACUGGUCUUGUCUAAACCAUGCAAAAAUAUACAUGGAGUGUUCAUCCUUUUGUUCCAAAUAUUCAAGUAGCAUAUGAACAAAUUACACUCUAGGCUUUCACAGAUAAAGCUAUCCUGUACUUAAGCACCAUGUCAUAAAGGCAUAAGGAGAGUCUGAGGUAAAGCUCCUUGUAUUCUAGACCUCAAUAUUAAAUAAAGAUGAAUGGUCAGCUUGACACUCCAGUGGUCUCACCCAUCAAGCCCAUAUGACAGCAAUCUAACACACAGAUAUCCCAAUUUGUCUCAAUAUACUGAAGUGACAUUAGGUACUGAACAUUUUGCAUGCUAAUAGCAUGUGUAUAUGAACAGCUGUGUGUUAGUAGCAAAGACUUAUUCUGAACAAAUAAUUCACAACAAAUUUUAAAGCUCUUUUCCACCCCACUGCAAUUCAUUUUGUAACUACAAAAGGAUGAAAUCCAUAAUACUAUGCAUGGCUAUUACAUGAAUGUAAAAAACAGAGUAACUCAGGUCCCGUUUAAAAUAUCUGCUCUUGACUAAAAUAUGAUAUACACUUUGAUUAAAGCAGUAGCAACAAUGAACAUUUGUUAUCAGGGGUAGAAAUGGAAUUUCAGAGUUAGGUAGACACUCCAAAUCAGUGGAUAAGCUUGGGAGAGUAACCAACUCAUAUAAAAACCAAACUAUUAUAAUGGAGGCCAUCAAUUCAAUUCUACAUGUAUCAUUGUUCAGAAAAACAGUUUGAUGUCUUGAGGCAAUGGAAAUAACUUUCUCAAAAUGAAGGGCUCUGGAACUAAGAUGAUGGUGUCUACCCCCCCAUUUCCAGUCCUGUUCAUAUCUCAUUUAUAUGACUAGUACUUCCAAUGUGUAUUUACAGGAAACAACACGGAUCUCAACAAAAUCCAAUCUACUAAUUAGCACUCCUGUACCUUAAGUUCACUGCUUCCAU